GUCCUUCCUCAGGUGGGAAGUAAGGUGAGGUAGGUACCUUACCUUAAAGUAUUCAACACUGGCAGGCCGCAGCACACCAUUGGAUUGCACUACGACUGGAAUUUGAUCAUAAGAUGCUCGGCUGAGGAUUCUGGCCUUGAUUUGGUUGGUUCGUUCUUUCAUUCGGACAAGACGACGCAUCUUUCCAUAUAGGCGACCAACCCCAACAAGGCCUCAAGCUUACCGCACCAUCCCGUCCCAGACAUCCGGUCACUCUUUCCACAUCACAUCCCCUUUUUCUCGCUGGGAAGCCACUGCGUCGUUGCCAACCAGACUAGCGACUUGGGGCGUAGCUUGGAGACGCCAACCAUUUGUCUACUCUCUCUCUCGUGUCUCCCUAAAUCAGGAACAUCGACUCGGUAGAGCCAAGCCACUUUUUCUGGCCCUUGUGCCGCCGGCCGCGCUUACGUCUACGCCUACUCCAUUACACCUCUUUAUUCUCUCCAGGUCUGCUCAUCAUACUUUUCCCGCCCGAUGGCCGUUGGAUUUCUCCAUUUUUCGCAUCCCAAUUUCUCUUCUCUCUUUCUGCUCGUCACUGCUCUUGCUGUUGACUUGGACGAAGCUGGCCAACGUGCGAGAAUCGGCAACUGGUUGCACUGAUUCACACCUUCCGCCUUUUAUCGACGUUUUCUUCAGUUCGCUAGCAAGAUCUUUCCGACUAUCGAAUACACUCAAUUGCGUUACUUGAACGCUUCAUCUCACCUCUUCUCCGCGACUACCACAUAAUUCAUAAUCGGCUCAUCCGUUCGCGACUUCACGCCUCUAUCAAUAUUCAUCUCCCCCGGACGACUCUCCCCAAUGGCCGAGCCUGCUGAAUAUCAUGGCGGCCUCGUUGCCUUCGAGGGUCCCCACGACCUCGUUUCGACUCAGCUCCGUCUUCUACCUACAUCAUCGCAAAUUGCCAUCCUCCCCAGCGUCAAGGAAUUUCUCGAGCCCGAGAACCCCGAUGAGCCGUUUGAAGCGCGCAAGUUUAUCAGGCGAGUUCACAAUGCUGUCGCCAAGAGAAGGGACACCGCUUUGGAAUUCUUGAAGGAUUCGACCCCCAAGCGUAAGAGACUGGUCUUCAUGAAUGGGGGUACGCCCAGCGCGCAGACGGUCUGCAUCAGAGCCAUCUCUCGGAAUGAGACAGAGGGAGAUAUAUCCAAAGCCGAAGCAAUCUUCAACGACCUUGUUAAAGGUGGCGUUGCCGGCCUCGAGGACCCCGCCAACUCAAGCGGCUCGUUCCUUGAUACCUCAGAGGAAAUAAGCGAGGAUCCCAUCACCAGAGCUAUGCGUGCUGCCGAUGCUCUCGACCGGGAAACUGCAAACUUACAGCCUUCCAGCGACAUCGACCUCACCACUCCUGCCGGCCGUCCGCGCCCGAGAAGCAUGAGCCUACCCAUGUAUAGCUUCGCCGAUACCUUUGGUGAUAUGGCAUCCUUCUACGUCUUUGGUGGCCAAUUCAGUGAAGAUCAUAUCAAGGAGGAGGGGCAAGUCGAGGCUACGACUCAACAUCAUGGCCCAACACCUAGACUCGCCAUCACGGAUUUUGACGAGCUUGAAAGAGUCUCCGGUGAAGGCUUUGAUAGUGACGGCAAACCCAUCGUCACUGCUCCAUUUCGGUCUCCAAGCUGUGUGGGCGAGGCAUAUGAGCGGGAUGAUGUAUUUUCAUCUUCUUCACCCAACGCUCCUGGCCUUCUCGACGUGGCAUCUCCCAGAUCUGACGUCUUCAGCAUCCGUUCGACAGAGCCAAUAUACAUCGAACAAGCCUCACUCGUCCGUAUGAAGUCAUCCGCCUCUUCCAGGACUUUGAAGCGAUCACAGUCGAUUAGCCAUCUUCAUCGAAGCAACUCUCGCUACAGGGACACUCUCAUGCGGCUGAAGCCUAAGGAGCAAAGUACUGCUGAGAGAACUCACAACGAGAAGCCCCCCGCUGAGAACUUGUUGCUUUCCGCUGAGAAGACUGCUGCCGAGAAGGUUGCCGAGGGUCGCCCUGUGUCGGUAGUUGAACUCAUCGAAGACGCCGAAAAACGCGAAAGUAGCGCUAAGCGCGUCGAAGGCCCGAAGACAAUCUAUGUCAAAGCAGCCCGGCCAAACAAAGGAGUCAACAAGGCAUUGCCGCCCCCUCCACCUUCCGAGAAGAGACUGCGCAAACGUAAGCAUACCAAGUCUAGGUCGAAAUAUGUCGACAGAGGAACCGAUGCCGAAGAUGUCGAACUGAAUGAGACGCCGUUCCGACCUGUCCUGCCGUUCUAUGAGGACCUGGUCAUUCACUUCAAGGACGACAGUCCAGACCCAAUCCUGGAAUACAUGAUCAAGGCUUUCAGAGAAGGUGUUUAUCCUGUUACACUGCCUUCUUCUGCUUCCUCCGGCACGUCUACUGCGGAUGGUGACAGAUCGACCCCGCAGACUCCAACAUGGCAACUGGCCGAGCCUGAAGUCGCACAGUUCACGUCCACGACGAAGGUCAGCACAGAAGAGUACGACCCUUUCUCCUACCAGGGUCCGACCUACACUGCGAAGCCAGUCCAGCCUUUCACUCGGACUGUGAUAAGAUCAGCUUUGCCGACGCCUGCGCAUACACCUCCGCCCACGGUAUCCGAGUCGGAGGAUAAGUUCCACGAUUUCAACGCCGUGCACGGUCAGACGGCUGUAGCCAUGCAGAACUCCCUCAGAUCAGUGCUUAACAUCUACUUCCCACCCAAGGGAAGAGGAUUCUCCCAAUUCAACUUUCCGUUGCUUCCCGAGAUGGACGCGUUGUGGAAGCCGAUAUUCCGGGACGUUGAGCCUGGUGGAAGUCCAAGAAAAGACAAUCACCGGAUAGACCAAAUCUUGGCCAUAGGUGCGCAACGUGGGGUCAAGAGAACAUUUGUCUCUGGAGUGACCAGUCAGCUUGAGAAGUUGGGCACAAAGUCGAGCGGCAUUUCGAGGACCGGCAGGCUGGAUUUCCGAUAUCUCAUUGCGAACGCGAUGCAGUCCUUCACCGCACAGCCGCUGGCCAACCAGACUCAAGACAACCCCUUCACCAACUCAUAUCUUCUGGCGACGCUUAUCAUUCCUCAUCUCGAGACUUUCUUUGCUGCGCACUCCGAAGUCCGCUUUCUGAUUCUCGACUACCCUCCCGAUCAUCUUGCCACCAUCCUCGCUUUGCAGAAGUUGGUCGGUGUCGACUUGAUGAAAGUUGCCCAAGUUAUUGAUGCUCAGGCCAAGGAGCCACUUCCCUUCACUCAUGUUCGAGGUAGCUCCUUGGGGCGUAUCCCUACUGUGAGUGACUUGGCUUCGAGUUCAAGCUCACUCCAGUCCAAGGGAUCGAGAUCUGCCGCAUCGACAUCUUCGCGAGAUGGGCUGGCAGUUUCCAAGGCCAACUUUCUCCUCGCAUCCACCGCAACAGAGGCGGAAGUUGCGACUUUUGUGUCCACUAUCUGGAAGAUUCUGAUCAACAUCUCCAAGUUUUACCUGCCUGAAGAAAGCAAGAAGCUUGAAGAGAGUAUCAUCAAGAGCAAGCGGCAAUCCGGGAACUUCUCGGCAUUCCCACAGGUUUCGAUGAGCCCUCCGAUGUCUCCGCCAUCCUCCAGUGGCCGCAAGGCCGCGAAUAGGGCAUCAGGCUCUAUCAAAACUUCAGUCCGACCUUCUUCCAUCGCAGAAACAAUCAUGAGUCGGCGUUUCAAGUCACGACGAGGCGACAGGAAAAGCGUCGGCGAUGUCGCAUCCAUCUUGACCGUCGAUAUGGACUACGAGAGCGAUCUAGACAUCGAGGAAAGACGUUUGAUGCCCAUGUUCUUGAAGAAGAAUCAGGUCCGGAAGGGAAAUAGCCGCAAGGCCCUUAAGUUUCUCGGCCUAGCUUGAUAAGUCACUUUGUGACUUUGUACCGUUACUUUUCUCUGUAUGGCCAAGGAAUUUGUCCCUGCAUCUUUUUUCAUUUUCUUUGGAAUGACCCCAUCACGACGUUUCAUGCUCAGUCUCAAUACCAUGGCAUAAGGAGUUGUAUCAUGUUCGAAGAAGAGCCACAUCAUGUCGAAGGGGGGA